AUGUUGAAGGCUGCAGAGGCAGGAAAAAGCAUUGGCAAAGCCCACCGAAGCUUCGCUAAUGACAAGACCAAGAUGACUGCACUCCGAUGUCCAGACGGAACAGUUACUGCUUCCAGAAAAGGAAUGGAGAAAAUCACUCACGAAUACAACUCCGAUCUCUUCUAUAGCCACGUCCACCUUCCGUUAUUUGAAAUAAAGGAGGAUGGAUAUUUUGUACCGCCGGUUCUCCCUUCCGAAAUCCGACGUGCCAUUUCGUCGGUGAAAAAUCGAACAACACCAGGUCCAGACUGGAUAAGACGUGAACACCUGAAGAACCUUUCGCCAGUACUCGUAAACACAUUGGCUCGGCUCUUCACAAAGUAUUUGUCUGAAUGCAAGGUUCUUACUCAGCGGAAGAAUAGCAAGAUUGUGCUAUUUUUCAAGAAGGGCGAUCUUCACAGUAACUAA